AGAUCGUUAUGUUAUGAUCAUACUGAUCGAUUUCUGUUAAGAUUUUAGAUUUUUGGGGUGAUUGUAAGUGGUUUUUAUUUAAGUGAGUAAAGUUUUAGUGAUUUCUUUUAUAGCGUGUUUAUUCUCCCAUAUUUAAAGAUUCUGUGCAGAGAUUUUUGUGAGUUUUUUCGUUUAAUUUCAAUUGUAGUUUGUGUUUUAAAGUCUGUUUUUGGCAUUAGAUUCUCUAUGUGUAUAAAAGUAUCGCAAAAUCUUUGAUGAAUUACAGUUCAACUAAACGCAGUCUUCUGAAAACAUCAAUUAAAAGUGUUACUCAAUACUUAUUAAAGGAAAUAUCCUAAUUUUUUUUGUGAAUUUUAAGAAAAUUUUAUAAAAAACAAAAAACUAAAUAUGAAAUUUUUGAUCUUGUUUGCCUUAAUUGCUGCUACUGCCGCCCAUCCCGGUAUUUAUGGUGGUUUGGGAGGUUUAGGUCAUGGUUAUGGUGGUGGCUUUAGUUAUGCUGCCCCUUCUGUUAGUUAUGCAGCUCCCGCUGUAAGCUAUGCCGCACCCGCUGUAAGCUAUGCAGCCCCAGCUGUUACUUAUGCUGCUGCUGCCCCAGCUGUUAGCUAUGCUGCUCCAGCUGUUACUUAUGCUGCUGCCGCUCCUGUGGUUAAGGCUGUUGCUGCUGCCCCAGCUCCCGCCAUUGUCAAGACUGUGGGUCCCUCAUCUGCUACCAGUUAUAACUCCUUUACCACUGUUGUUAACCAACCAGCUGUUAAAGCUGUAGCUGUAGCAGCUCCCGCUGUUUCCUAUGCCGCUCCUGCCAUUUCCUAUGCAGCUCCCGCCGUUAAAGUAGCUGCUGCUCCCGCCAUUUCCUAUGCUGCUGCUCCUGCCAUUUCAUACUCGGCCCCUGCCAUCUCCUAUGCAGCACCUGCCGUUUCUGCUGUUAAGGUAGCUGCCGCUCCCGCCAUUUCCUAUGCUGCUGCUCCUGCCAUUUCCUAUGCUGCUGCACCCGCCAUCUCGGUAGGGUAUGGCCAUGGUGGUUUUGGUUAUGGUCAUGGUUUUGGCUAUGGCGAAUACCAAAUCAUUUUGUUUGCCUUAAUUGCUGCUACUGCCGCCCAUCCUGGUAUUUAUGGUGGUUUGGGUGGUUAUGGUCAUGGCUAUGGCGGUGGCUAUAGCUAUGCUGCCCCUGCAGUCAGCUAUUCAGCUCCCGCUAUUAGUUAUUCAGCCCCAGCAGUGAGCUAUGCAGCCCCCGCUGUUAGCUAUGCUGCCCCAGCUGUCACUUAUGCUGCUGCCGCUCCUGUAGUUAAGGCCGUGGCUGCUGCUCCUGCUAUUUCAUAUGCUGCCCCAGCCAUUUCUUAUGCUGCCCCAGCACCAGCUAUUGUCAAGGCUGUGGCCGCUCCUGCUACCAGUUAUUCCACUUUCAGCACUGUUGUAAGCCAUGCACCAGCUGUCAAAGCUGUAGCCUAUGCCGCUCCAGCCAUUUCUUAUGCAGCACCCGCCGUUAAAGUAGCUGCUGCCCCAGCUAUUUCCUAUGCUGCUGCUCCUGCCUACUCUUACUCAGCUCCUGCUAUUUCCUAUGCAGCACCUGCCGUUAAAGUAGCUGCUGCGCCCGCCAUUUCCUAUGCUGCUGCUCCUGCCAUUUCCUAUGCUGCUGCUCCCGCCAUCUCGGUAGGGUAUGGUCAUGGUGGUUACGGUUAUGGUCAUGGUUAUGGCUAUGGUGGUCACAUUUUAUUUGCCUUAAUUGCUGCUACUGCCGCCCAUCCUGGUAUUUAUGGUGGUUUGGGAGGUUUAGGUCAUGGUUUUGGCGGUGGCAUUAGCUAUGCUGCCCCUGCCGUCAGCUAUGCAGCACCUGCUGUGAGCUAUGCAGCUCCAGCUGUAAGCUAUGCAGCUCCAGCUGUUACUUAUGCUGCUGCCGCUCCUGUGGUUAAGGCAGUUGCUGCUGCUCCUGCUAUUUCAUAUGCUGCCCCAGCACCAGCUGUUGUCAAGUCUGUGGGCUCUCCUAUUGUUAGUUAUACCACCUAUGUUGAAAGCAAUUCGCCAGGUUCCAAAACUAUUGAAGUUGCAGCUCCUGCCGUUAAAGUAGCUGCAGCUCCAGCAAUUUCCUAUGCUGCUGCUCCUGCCAUCUCCUAUGCAGCACCCGCCGUUUCUGCUGUAAAAGUAGCUGCAGCUCCUGCCAUCUCCUAUGCAGCACCCGCCGUUUCUGCUGUAAAAGUAGCUGCUGCGCCUGCCAUCUCCUACGCUGCUGCGCCUGCCAUCUCCUAUGCAGCACCCGCCGUUUCUGCUGUAAAAGUAGCUGCUGCGCCUGCCAUCUCCUACGCUGCUGCGCCUGCCAUUUCCUAUGCUGCUGCUCCUGCUAUUUCGUAUGCUGCUGCACCCGCCAUAUCGGUAGGGUAUGGCCAUGGUGGUUUUGGUUAUGGUCAUGGUUUUGGCUAUGGCGGUCACCAUUAAGUUUCUUUAGUCCGGAAACCAUCAUCGCCCUUAGCAAAAUCUACUACUUAUGAAACAUUGAAAGCCGCCGUAUUAAUUUUGCCAAUAACGAUUAACGAACUUUAGUCAUUAACUUUGUUUUAUGUUUUAAAAAUAUUCAUCUUAAUGUUAAGAAUACCAAAUCGGGGGUCUUAAGAAGAUCAAUUAUCCCCCAAAACGUUUGCAGAAAGAAUCAAAAAUAUAUUUUUAUAUUUAAAAUGAAAAACUAUACAAAGAAGUGUAAUUCUCAUUUUAAGCGCUAACUUUAUUAUGUUUCAAUUUAACCGCCUUUUCUUUGCUCCAAACUUUUUUUAAUUAUUUAAAUUUAUGGCAAGGAAAAAAGUUCAUGUAUAUAUAUAAAAUCGAACUC